AUGGUAACAAGAGAUAGGCUUAUUGGAUGGGGUCUCACGGUUCCUUCCAAUUGCGUUCUCUGCUCAGGGCAUGAUGAGAGUCGACAGCACUUAUUCUUCGACUGCUAUUAUAGUUCUCAGGUCUGGACUUUCUUCCUAUCUCGACUGCAUCUCACUCCGCCUCAAGGCUUUGAGGAUGUGUUGCGCUGGCUGUUAGCUCCGUCGCGUGAUAAGAACAUGGUUUUGAUAGUAAGACAACUUCAUCAAGCAACUUUGUAUCUAGUUUGGAAGGAAAGGAAUAGCAGAGUACAUACCUCGGUGGAGAAGCCCACAUGGGUUAUUAUUGCAGAGAUUCAACAGAUUCUGAGACUCAGAUUGGAUCCGGUGGCUCGUAGACAGACACUCUUGCCAGGCCAACCUUCUGUCUUGGCGACUUGGUUGUCUUUUUUUGCACUUUAG